UCUCUCUCAUAAGGGGGACAGGUCUCCCUUGUAUUUGAGACGUUCCAUCUCAAUGGCAUCCCCUGUACAGUAUCCUUAAAGAAUAGGAGAUUAACGAGGAUAUCAACGUCUAGCUCCAUCCCACACCACAUGCCAUGGAUCCCCUACCAGAGUACUCCCUGUUCCUAGUCCGGAUCCUGGAGGAACUAGACACUAAACACAGUAGUGUGUCCUACCAGGACCUCUGUAAGUCCCUGUGUGCCCGCUUUGACUUGGUCCACUUGGCCAAGCUACGGAGCCUUCUGUUCUACACAGCCUGCCUGGACCCAGCCUUCCCUGCCACUCUCUUCAAAGACAAGAUGAGAUGUACUGUUGAGGACCAGCAGUCUAAGAAACUCAUGGUGGCAGCGGAUAUCGUCACUAUGUUUAACCUAAUCCAAAUGAACGGGGGGAUCGCCAAAGAUAAGUUCCCAAUGGCACCACCGAGGCCCAAGUUCCACAAGAACCAGUCGUUUGAGUCAUGUAGGUCCGACACUGAUGUUUAUAAGUACCAGGACUAUGAGAGGGGCGGAGGUUAUGACCUCAUGGAUCAACCCUCCAGGGCGGGUCACCACCCCCACCAUCGCCCCAUGUCCCAAAACAACUCCUCCCACCCCCGCCCACACCCCCAUUCCCACUCUGCCAGCUCGAAAUCCAACUGCAGCCCACAGUUUAUCCCGACCUCGGACCCUAACUUCCUAUUGGGCGUAAACAAGGAUCUAAAAUGUCGAGCAGCGUCGCUAGACAAGCUGCAACACCUGCCCCAGUACUCAAGCUGCAGUCCUCCAUCACCGCCCUGUGAGAUGCAGAGCACCUACUUUCCCAUAGACAUUGACAGUGAGUCCACCACAGACCAGGAGUCCCUGCAACACAUCAACCACACGGAGCCCUUCUCUGUCCACUCCUGUGUCCAGAAGAGAAACAUCUUCAAGGAGGAUUUUCACAACCUGCUAGCGUUCUCCCCACAGGUCAUCACCUCAGAGUGCAAACCAAACAUCAGGGCAACUGGAGGCUACCACCGGAGAGAGCUCCACAAACCUGCCACAUUCUUCAACCACAGCUUCGAGCUGCCCUACAGUAACCCCUACUUUGAGCCUACUAUGAACUCGCCCAUUCAGGAGAAACGGCGAGCGAAGCACGAGAGUCUGGACGACCUUCAAGCGUCUACGUAUUUCGGGCCAACGACAGUGACAGAGUGCGUGAACACACGGAGGAGUACGGCUAGGCCGGGGAAGCAGCCAAUUUGGCCCGUGAAAAGCCUGAGUCUGAAUGCUGAAGAAGGGCCACCGGAUUUUGAGAGGUCAUUUCUGAAUGGGAAACCGCUGAAAGACAACCAUCGCCACAAUGUAGUCAAUAAAGAGAAUGAGCAGCACUUCCAGUGUGCCAAAGAGAAAGUGGUGGCCUCCCCUUCAGGGUUCGCAAAGAAAACCAACGGGUUGAAAACAAAGGAUAUGUCUUCAAUGGCGUGCGGUCCCGGGGUGGGUGUCGACAAAAGAGAGGUUGGGAAAAGAUUUAAAGAGAAAGGCAUCAACAGUACGUCUUUUCAAGGAGGUAACAUAGACAGCUCGUCCAGCAUAGGGACACAAACGGAGCAGGCCGAACAGAGGAAGCUAAAAGACUAUGCCGCCGCUCACGCAAAAUACGUCGAGAGAGAGAGGCACUCGUGCAAACACUCGGAAGAGGACUCUGAGAUCAUCAGCGAUGACAUCAGUGACAUCUUCCGCUUCCUUGACGACAUGAGCGUGUGCGACUCGCUGGGCGUCAUCCAAUCGUCGUGCUACAACAGCAUCGGAUCUCUCUCUCAGGUGACCAUGAAGUCUGACGGCGACAGCUCACCCGAAUGCAACACGGUCAAAUUGGCCAAGUCCAAGCUGGACUGCCUCUUUCACUCCCUAGAGAACACGGAUGACGAGCUCAAAUCGAGCGUGUGCAAGCUUGUUAUGAGGAUAGGUGAGAUCGAGAAGAAGCUGGAGUCUCUGUCCGGAGUCCGAGGGGAGAUCUCGCAGGUGCUCUCCAAGCUCACCAAACUCGACGAGAAGAUCCAGGAACCCGAAACCAACGGGAGACCGGGCGAAAACGCUUUAGCCACCACUUCCACCCCAGAUCACCUUCACCCCGACCCCAACCUCUCGCCCCAUGUCUUUCAGUGCCACACAACAGGCCACAACAUCAAGGUGGAUAACGGAUCAGUGGAGUGGGGCUGCUCAGACAGUGAGAGUCUGAGGGUCAAGGCAAUUAAGAAAAGUAUGUUCACGCGGAGGUCGUCACGCUCACUCAAUGAGGAAAACAGCGCCACGGAGUCAAAGGUGGCGAGCAUCACCAACUCACCACGGGACUGGAGAACGGUGUCGUAUUCUUCGCACCAUGGGGAUGAGGGCAAAGACAAGGACAGAGACAGAGACCGAGAAAGGGACACCAAGGACAGACACAGGAAAGCCAAAGAGUCAGAGCGGGAGCGCCAGUAUGAGAUGGCCCCCCAGGUCCACCGCUCCUCAAAGCCCCCCAAGGACUCCUACCUGGUGGAGCAGGUGUUCUCACCGCACCCCUUCCCCCCCUCCGCCAAGUCCCACAUGAAGGGCAGCCCCCUGUACACAGACCUCAGGCUCACAGGCCUGUCGGUUGACGGCAAACGGGGUCAGCCCUCCUGGACCAUGGAGGAGUACAAGCGCAAUGCGGGUGGCGAGAAAGGCAAGCAGCUGACCGCCCUGGACCUGCAGACGCAGGAGUCAUUGAACCCCAAUAACCUGGAGUACUGGAUGGAGGAUAUCUACACGCCAGGUUACGAUUCGCUGCUGAAGAGGAAGGAAGCGGAGUUUCGGAGGGCCAAGGUGUGCAAGAUUGGAGCGCUGAUUGCCGCGGCCGCCUGCACUGUGAUCCUGGUCAUCGUUGUGCCCAUAUGCACUAUGAAGUCAUGAAGUGCUCCAAGUCGUGCUCUACGAAGUGCUCCAAGUCCCACACUUUCCCUCUGCCCCUGUUUAUUCUGGUUAAUUGUAAAAGGACUGAAUACGUGUGAGCUAUAUGGUAUCAGUCCAAUUACAGGAGCAGCCCUCUGAUUGGCUAUAUGGACGUUUGAAGAGUGAGGUACAUGUAUUGUUUAAUGUGAAUCUGACCUAUGUUCGUGGUAUUGGAAUCAAGUGUUUUCUACAUGAUUUAGUUGUUAUGCCACGGGAUGGGCAUUGGUAUUAGCAAAUCGUCAGUACACAUUCAAAAUGACUUUGUUCAGAGGGGAAUGUUGCAAGUUUGAUCCUUUCUAUUUAUUGUUGCCUAUAUUUACUUAUUGACAUUUGUGUAUUUAUGAUGAAAGACAGACGGUACACAAUGUCUACAGUAUCUUUUACAUUUACAUUUAUAUUGUAUUGGUGUACGAUGUUCCAGAAUAUUACGAGUACAAUGUUUAUUUCACUUUUUCUCUUCGUUAAAGGGGCAAUCUGCAAUUCAAACUAAAGCAACAAAGCGGCUACCCAGCCAAUGUUUUUGUGAACUGAAACAGAUGAUCUGUACAGUAUACGGUCGACAGCUGGAUUUGUUUCUGUACACAGCUUCUGAUAUUUUUAUUUUAGUAUAAUUGCUGUAUAAUGUAUUUUAAUGAGAGUUAUUUUUGGAUGAAUUAUCUGGUAGAAUGUGAUGAGGUGCACCAGAUAUUAUUUAUCUUUAUCUAUUAUAAUAAUAACCAGAGUUUUAA